CAUUGGUGGGAGGUUCCGCGGACGGUAGCCGGUUUGGCGGAACUGGCGGCGACGAAGGCGCCGAAGGAUGGAGGCGGUGGUUUUCGUCUUCUCGCUCAUCGAUUGCUGCGCCCUCAUCUUCCUUUCCGUCUAUUUUAUAAUCACAUUAUCUGAUUUAGAAUGUGACUACAUCAAUGCUAGGUCUUGUUGCUCAAAAUUAAACAAGUGGGUGGUCCCAGAAUUGAUUGGCCACACUAUUGUUACCAUAUUAAUGCUUAUUUCAUUGCACUGGUUCAUUUUUCUCCUCAACUUGCCUGUUGCUACCUGGAAUAUAUAUCGGUUCAUUAUGGUACCAAGUGGGAACAUGGGAGUGUUUGAUCCUACAGAGAUACACAACCGAGGGCAGUUGAAGUCACACAUGAAGGAAGCCAUGAUCAAGCUUGGUUUUCAUUUGCUUUGUUUCUUUAUGUACCUUUAUAGUAUGAUUCUGGCUUUGAUAAAUGACUGAACCUGGAAGGAGAUGCCUAACUUGGAGACUCACACUACAGUGAAAGUUGAGGAGCCAGAGAUGAGUUUAGUCCAUACCUAGACUGUGUUCAUUAAGCAGUAUAUUUUUUUCCUCUUUGGACAAAAAAAAAAAA